CCCACUUCGCUAUUACUAUGCCGGACCUCUCAGCCUGGGCCCUCCCUCGGCUCAGCCAGCUGAUUCCCCUCGACGAGGAGUCGCUGAAGCAAAUUGUUGACUAUUCGGCUUCCCUCUCUAAAGACGCUUGCGCCGAUCACCUGAAAAACCUCCUCGGCGACUCCCCCGCAGCUCUCGAAUUUAUCACAUCCUUCAAUGCGCGUCGCCAUGAUGGACCUUCCGCGACCUCAUCCUCUCAGAGCUAUACUUCCGCAGCCACAAAGCCUCAAGAGCGACCGAAGGGGAAAAGCAAAAAGGACAAGAAGCCGUUGCACAGUAUGGGCCCCCCACGCCGCCCUGAGAACUACGGUGAUGUAGGCGGGGGCUACAUGAAGUCUCAGCAGGGAGAGGACUACAUGUCUGCCAGCAAACCUACAGUGCAUGCAGCAGGACUGCCUGCGCCCGGAUCCUCUUCCUCUUCUCGUGCUCAUUCACCAAAACCCCCGGCCUCUUCGAAACCGCCUCCAUCUGCCUCAGGCCCCGUCCUGUCGGAUAUGCUACCAAAUGUGCGAUCAAAAACAAGCAAGCCGAGUCGGCAAGGAGGUGGCAGUGGGGGUCAUUCUUCAAAGUCAGGCGGAUCACUUACCACCAAUAAUAUCUCGGAUCUAACGGCCGCCAUUGCCAUGCUGGAGGUCUCGACUAACCCGACCCUGGGCGCAGAGAAACGCAAAUGCAACUGUUAUGCUACGAUUCACCCACUGUUUGACCCUGCGCCCAACUGUGUCAAUUGCGGCAAAAUUAUCUGUUCACUGGAAGGUCUCCAGCCAUGCUCGUUCUGUGGCACUCCCCUUCUCUCGGCGGAGGAGAUCCAGGGUAUGAUCAAGGAACUACGGGCAGAACGUGGGCAAGAGAAGAUGCGAGCUCAUAAUGAAAGUGUCCACCACGAGGGUGGUCCAAGACCAACGGGCUCCGGAUCAGCAUCUCCAAGCAAAUUGGAUGCGGCGAGGGCUCACCGUGAUAAGCUACUCCAGUUUCAAGCACAGAACGCCCGUCGAACCAAGGUCGUGGACGAAGCUGCCGACUUUGAGACCCCAAAUGUGGCGUCAACAUUAUGGAUGAGUCCCGCGCAGCGAGCGCUCGCCUUGAAGAAGCAGCAGCGUAUCCAGCGGGAAUUGGAGGAGAAGGCUCGUCCAGAAUGGGAGAAGAAGAAGACCGUGAUGAGCCUCGAUAUCAAGGGUGGCAAGGUUCGGAGAGUGUAUCAAUCCGCGGCCGUUGAAUCUACCCCGGUAGUCAGUGAGCCAGAGCCCGAGGACGUCGAGCAGCCCGAAGGAACAUCAUCGAGAGGGCAUGCGUUCAGUCACAAUCCACUUCUUGCAGCGGGAGGACUAAUGCGUCCAGUCUGGCGCGCUCCCGACAACAAAGAUACCAAUCCUGAAGAACGGGCAGAGCGGAAACAAACGUGGCGUCGCGUGCAGGAUGACAAUGACGAUAACGAGCAGUGGAUUCUAGAUGGUGGGUUGCAUGGACAUGAUGAGACGGUCUGAUCCGAUACGUCAAGUUUGACAUUCCUCCGACUUCAAUUUCUUAUUCGUGGAUGAGCGUUACACUACUCGAUAUCCUAGAUAAGCACUACUGGCCUCGGUCAUGUUUGGUUAGGGGCACUCAAAUCAGAUCAACUGAGAAUGACCCCAAUUCUCCUCAUAUGAAACCUCCUGCUUGGCGACUUGCUUUCAGGUUUUCAAUUCCACAGUACCUGCUUAUCCUAUCGAGAGUCAUUUCGUCCUCUCCAUCUCCAUCAUUACCCUUCGAGGCACUUUGCAGCUGCCCCUCCUCUCGGCCGCCGUUCCACGGCGGAGCGGAUAAUCGAUGAGAUAUGAAAGACUUCGGGUACUGGCGGGUAUGGCCACAGAAGAAGCCAUUUAAAACCGAAGAUCCACCGAUGGCCAGCAGGAUAGCACGGGGAAGGCUCUUGGCUGUUUUAAACGUGAUUUGUGGUGCCCUAGCAUGGCUCGUAUAGCCUAAAGCCCUACAACUAGACCCUAAAAGCCACAGACCAUAAAAGAUAUACAACCGUGACAUAGAAAAACAUCUCUCAAUGCUCAACGUUUCCUCCAAUGUAUGAUGUACCCUCG